UGCAUCCCCUUCCCCAACCGCGUCGUCCCAGAUACCGCCCUCACCCCUCCCUCAAACUUCUGGCCAGCGCCCUUGCCGGGUACCCUCCUCUACAUCCCUCCCUCCUGCAUCAUCUUCUCCCUGGCCGCUUCCCAGGUCCCCCUUUUCCCAACGUCUGGGUCGCUCCGCCCGGCCCCGCCCCUCCAGGCCGGGGAUGUCCCCCGCAGCCCGGCGUCCAUGGUCCUGACGCUGCUGCUCUCCGCCUACAAGCUGUGCCGCUUCUUCGCCAUGUCCGGCCCACGGCCCGGCGCCGAGCGGCUAGCGGUGCCGGGGCCGGACGGAGGCUGCGGCGCGGGCCCGUGGUGGGCCGCGGGCGGCCGCGGGCCCCGCGAGGUGUCGCCCGGGGCGGGCGCCGAGGUGCAGGGCGCCCUGGAGCGCGCGCUGCCCGAGCUGCAGCAGGCGCUGUCGGCGCUGAAGCAGGCGGGCGGCGCGCGGGCCGUGGGUGCUGGCCUGGCCGAGGUGUUUCAGCUGGUGGAGGAGGCCUGGCUGCUGCCGGCCGUGGGCCGCGAGGUAGCCCAGGGUCUGUGCGACGCCAUCCGCCUGGACGGCGGCCUCGACCUGCUGCUGCGGCUGCUGCAGGCGCCGGAACUGGAGACGCGCGUUCAGGCCGCGCGCCUGCUGGAGCAGAUCCUGGUGGCUGAGAACCGGGACCGGGUGGCGCGCAUCGGGCUGGGCGUGAUCCUGAACCUGGCAAAGGAGCGCGAGCCGGUGGAGCUGGCGCGGAGCGUGGCAGGCAUCCUGGAGCACAUGUUCAAGCACUCGGAGGAGACGUGCCAGCGGCUGGUGGCGGCCGGCGGUCUGGAUGCCGUGCUGUACUGGUGCCGCCGCAUGGACCCGGCGCUGCUCCGCCACUGUGCGCUGGCGCUGGCCAACUGCGCGCUGCACGGGGGCCAGGCGGCGCAGCGGCGCAUGGUGGAGAAGCGCGCCGCCGAGUGGCUCUUCCCGCUCGCCUUCUCCAAAGAGGACGAGCUGCUGCGGCUGCACGCCUGCCUCGCCGUGGCGGUGCUGGCAACCAACAAGGAGGUGGAGCGCGAGGUGGAGCGCUCGGGCACGCUGGCGCUCGUGGAGCCGCUCGUGGCUUCGCUGGACCCCGGCCGCUUCGCCCGCUGCCUGGUGGACGCCAGCGACACCAGCCAAGGCCGCGGGCCCGACGACCUGCAGCGCCUCGUGCCGCUGCUCGACUCAUCGCGCAUGGAGGCACAGUGCAUCGGGGCUUUCUAUCUCUGUGCAGAGGCUGCCAUCAAGAGCCUGCAGGGCAAGACCAAGGUAUUCAGCGACAUUGGCGCCAUCCAGAGCCUGAAACGCCUCGUUUCCUACUCCACCAAUGGGACCACGUCGGCGCUGGCCAAGCGCGCGCUGCGCCUGCUGGGCGAGGAGGUGCCGCGGCCCAUCCUGCCCUGCGUGGCCAGCUGGAAGGAGGCCGAAGUCCAGACGUGGCUGCAGCAGAUCGGCUUCUCCCAGUACUGCGAGAGCUUCCGGGAGCAACAGGUAGAUGGCGACCUGCUUCUGCGGCUCACGGAGGAGGAACUCCAGACCGACCUGGGCAUGAAGUCGGGCAUCACCCGCAAGAGAUUCUUUAGGGAGCUCACGGAGCUCAAGACCUUCGCCAACUACGCCACAUGCGACCGCAGCAACCUGGCUGACUGGCUGGGCAGCCUGGACCCGCGCUUCCGCCAGUACACGUACGGCCUGGUCAGCUGCGGCCUGGACCGCUCCCUGCUGCACCGCGUAUCCGAGCAGCAGCUCCUGGAGGACUGCGGCAUCCGCCUGGGCGUGCACCGCUCCCGCAUCAUCUCAGCCGCCAGAGAAAUGCUACACUCCCCGCUGCCCUGCACUGGCGGCAAGCCCAGCGGGGACACCCCAGAUGUCUUCAUCAGCUACCGCAGGAACUCAGGCUCCCAGCUGGCCAGCCUCCUGAAAGUGCACCUGCAACUGCACGGCUUCAAUGUCUUCAUUGAUGUGGAGAAGCUGGAAGCAGGAAAGUUCGAGGACAAGCUCAUCCAGAGUGUCAUGGGAGCCCGCAACUUCGUGCUGGUGCUGUCGGCCGGGGCACUGGACAAGUGCAUGCAAGACCAUGACUGCAAGGACUGGGUACACAAGGAGAUCGCAACUGCUUUGAGCUGUGGCAAGAACAUUGUGCCCGUCAUUGAUGGCUUCGAGUGGCCGGAGCCCCAGGCCCUGCCUGAGGACAUACAGGCUGUGCUCACCUUCAACGGCAUCAAGUGGUCCCACGAGUACCAGGAGGCCACCAUCGAGAAGAUCAUCCGCUUCCUGCAGGGCCGCUCCUCCCGGGACUCGUCUGCAGGCUCUGACACCAGUUUGGAGGGUGCCGCACCCAUGGGCCCGACUUAACCACUGCCUAGUUCCUGAGCCCUGCUGUUGCCAUUUCCUUCGUCCCCCCUGAAGGAGCAGCUCUUCACACUGGCCUCCCUGGACUGAGACAGUCUGGGCCCUUCUUAGGAAAUGGCUCUUCCCUCUCCCCCACCCUCACAGUUCACCUCAAACCCAGCUUCCUCAGUGUCUGGAAAGGAAGGGAAGCCAGGCAUUGGGGGUGCUAAGGUUAGAGCUCCCCAGGCCCUGUCACCAGGUUCUCUGUCUCAGGUGUGGGAGGGUCACUGCUCAGUUCGGGAGACACUGGAGAUCAAGGGUUUGCUGCAAACUACCCCCUCUCCCGCCCUGACAGCAGCCAGCCUGAGUAGGGGGAGGACCUCUGACGGAAUUAGGGCAAUGCUCAGCCCUCUCAGCCAAGUAAAGGCCUGGGCUCAGGAGCCAGCUGGGGAUGAGAGUCCAGUGAUGGCUCUCCUAGUCACCUCAGCUGUGCCUGGCCCCUGGGCUCACCACUUCCUGCCACCUUGUGGCCUUGCUCUGUAACCACUCAGUGCCCUUAGCCAGCCUGGCCUGGUCCCGAGUCCUCUCUCAGCCUUUCUCAGGUGCAGCCUCUUUUGCCACAUCCACGGUCAGAGGUGGGCUGAGCUGGUCCCCACUCUGGCUGGUGUGCAGCUGCGGCCAGCUUCGCUGCCCUCACUGGUGCACGGGAACCCCGUGCUUGGGCCUGGGCCUGGGCCUGGGCCUGGGCAGGGGAGGCCGAGUCUCAAAGGGCAGCUAGCCCCCCUACCCACGCCUUGGUGCUGUGCCUCAGGCUCCUGCCCCACUUGCCCACCUAGCUUCCCCAGCCCCUCACCCACCCAAGGCUGCCGGCCCACUUGCUCAGGGGCAGGCGGGGCGAGGCAGCCCCCUAUGGCAGCAGCAGCAGUAGCCUGGGCAGAACCUGCAGCUCCAUGGGAAGAGGCAAGAUCCUGAAGAAGGGCGAGGGGUGCAUUCAAAUCACCUGGGAAUUCUGUUAAAAUUCCUUUCAGGAGACCUGGGGCGGGGCCUGAGUUUCUGCAUUUCUCACAAAUUCCCAGGUGAGCUAAUGCUGGUGGUCAAGGAAUGACACUUUAAGUAGCAAGACUCUGAAACACACAUCCCUCACGAAUCUUAGCCAUUUCCCCAACGCUCCACUCCAUGGUCUCUGUGAUCAGCAGAGUAACCCUACCUGGUAUUAUCUCCAUUCUACAGAGAAGGAAUUGAAUGACGUGCCCAGCUUCCCGAGUCAGUAGUGGCAGCCCCAGGCUCCAGACCUCACCUCCUGGUGCUCAGUCCACUGCCAGGACUGCUUUCCUGAGAAUCAUCCUGGAGGCUGCACCCCGGGCACGGCUGUUGCUACACAGACAGCUAGCUUCUCCCUUGCCCCAAAGAAUCUAGUAAUGGGAAACAGGUUUUUGCAAUGAAAAGGCUGACCCAGGGGCUAUACAGAAAUAAAUGAGCAGGAAUGUCCCUCUGCCCCUUCCUCCACUAGGGUAGGACAGCAACAAAGUACCCUCCCUCCUGGGUUUAUUAACGCAGGCUUCAGCUAAUGGGGUCAGCUGGAACGUGCCCUGCCCCUUCCCUCCUGAGGGCACUGGGGUCACACCUCAAGGCUGGCUCAGCACCCAGAGCUGCCUCCCGCAGGUGCUGACCAGGUCACUCCUAGCUCUUGAGCUACAUCAUCAGAAAGUCAAAGGUCUCACUCCAGGCUUGGGACUCCUUCCUUCCACUCCCCUCCCUGCCCGAGAGACUGUCUUUGCCGGUCCUGGUCCCGGUUCUGGCUUUGACUGCUCCUUCCUUCACGCCACACGAGAGCCCACCAGUGCCCAGCCCUGGAUAUGACAGUGACUGAGGCAGGCUGGACGUUGCCCUCACAGAUCAGAGACAAUAAUAAUACAGUGUGAUGAGCAACCUGUAGAGGAAGCUUUCUGUCUUUUUGCUGCCAAUCGGUCCUACUCCCUCCUGAGGGCCCCAUGGGCAGUAUUCAGAGGUUUCCCGGCCCUGUUGAUCUGUUUGGUACUCCCUCCACUGCUGUCCCCUGCUCCUGUCUCUCUGGGGAAUUGGAGUCCAGCCUCUGGCCUCCGCCAGGCCAGCUGAAGUGAUGACCCUCCCCCCAGCCAGACUAGUGUGUUCAGGGGACUGCCUCCCCUGCCAUGACAAACUGCCCAGAUCGCAGCCAGGCCAGGCACCUUGGCCCUCACCUUCCACCUAGGCCUGGCCCCACAGGGCUGGUCCUGAAACAGGGCUGAGAAAUGGCCUCCCCUGCAAAGCCUGCUCUGACACGGG